AUGCACCUCAACGGCCCAAGUGGGCCACAGGCCUAUGUGAACGAUAGCGCCGGAGAUGGCGGCGUCUUCCCCAUGGGACAUGGAUAUCCGGCGGAGUACCAGCACUUGGUGCACGCCCACUGGCGGGGGUUCCGCGAGGCACCAAUUUACUAUCACGCCGGCUUCUACAUUGCCUUUGUCGUCCUCAUGCUGUCGAGUAUCUUCGGAAAUGGAUUGGUCAUCUGGAUAUUCUCCACCUCGAAAUCCCUGCGAACUCCCUCCAACCUAUUGAUUCUCAACUUGGCCAUUUUCGACCUGUUCAUGUGCACCAAUAUGCCGCAUUAUCUCCUCAACGCCUCAGUUGGCUAUAUAGUAGGCGGAGAUCUGGGCUGCGAUAUAUACGCUUUGAACGGAGGCAUCUCCGGGAUGGGAGCCUCCAUAACGAAUGCCUUCAUUGCAUUCGAUCGGUACAAGACCAUAUCCAAUCCAAUUGACGGACGAUUGAGCUACGGGCAAAUUGUACUGCUGAUCCUCUUCACCUGGUUGUGGGCCACUCCGUUCUCCGUGCUGCCAUUGUUCCAGAUCUGGGGACGUUACCAGCCGGAGGGCUUCCUGACCACCUGCUCCUUCGAUUACCUGACCAACACGGACGAAAACCGACUGUUUGUGCGCACGAUCUUCGUGUGGUCCUACGUGAUCCCGAUGACCAUGAUCCUGGUGUCCUACUACAAGCUCUUCACCCACGUACGCGUUCACGAGAAGAUGCUGGCGGAGCAGGCCAAGAAGAUGAAUGUGAAGUCGCUGUCGGCCAAUGCCAAUGCGGAUAACAUGAGUGUGGAGCUCCGUAUCGCCAAGGCGGCCCUCAUUAUUUACAUGCUGUUUAUCCUGGCCUGGACACCCUACUCCGUGGUGGCGCUCAUCGGAUGCUUCGGGGAGCAGCAGCUAAUCACGCCCUUCGUCUCGAUGCUUCCGUGCCUGGCCUGCAAGUCGGUGUCCUGUCUGGAUCCCUGGGUCUAUGCCACCAGCCAUCCCAAGUACCGCCUGGAGCUGGAGCGCCGUCUGCCGUGGCUGGGCAUUCGCGAGAAGCAUGCCACAUCCGGAUCAUCUGGAGGGCAGGAGAGUGUGGCCAGUGUCAGCGGCGAUACUUUGGCCCUCAGCGUGCAAAACUAAUGGUACAACUGUCGGAAUA